UUGGAGCGGGGAGGGGUGCAGGGUGCUGCUCCGCGUCCGUCCGUCCGUCCAACUGUGUACCUUAUGCAUAACUGUGUGCAUUUGCAGAUUUCUGUAUGCCUGUCUGUGUGCAUAUGCGUGUGUGUUUAUGUGUGCAGAUAUGCCCAUGUAUGUAUGUGUGUGUAUCUCCACGUGUGUGCGUUUGUGCAUGUAGAGAAUCUCUAGUUGUAGAUUGCUCCAAAAGUACUGCUUCUUAUUUACUUGCAUGAAAGCUGCAACAUCUACAAUGAGCCAAAUAAUACUAUUUGAUAAAGCACGUUUGCAGAUAGAAACACUAUUUUUCAACGUGGUCACCAUUAUUUUUAUCAUCAUUGAACAAGAGCCUGCAUGCUGCACUCAUACUGCCUACAUGACCCACUGUUUCUGCUGAAACACACCACCCACAGCCUCACUGUGCUCACGUCUGCUGUUCUGUCUCCAGAAACAUCCAGAAAGCAUCGAUGGAAGUCAAUGCAUGCCUUCAUGUCUUUUUUUUUUUUUUUUUUUUUUUUUUUUUUUUUUGCACAGAGGAAUUCAGUAAUACCUCAUUGCUUCAUACACACUUCUACAUUACACACCAUCUUGUCAGGCUGUUGCCAUCUGUCACAUGGCAGUGUAAUGGUUACAGAACGUUGGCAGCAAGGUUCAGCCUCUGUUACCAUACUACCAACAUCCACCUCUGAUGUCAAGGGCCAACAUCAUAAAAUAGGAGGCAUUACUUUCGGAGCAGUCCUCAAACGUGUAUGUCAGUAGGUGUGAGUCAAUAUGCGUAGGUGUCAGUGCUGCAUGUGUACCCUUGUGAUGUGUGCAGGACGUGUGAGCCCAGCCUGGGUGCUGGCUGCAUGCAGGCAUUUGGGUUCAGUUUGGGCUCUGUGUCCGCAGAGGUCGGGCAGCAAGCACACGACCACGCCGGCAGAUAACUACUACCUGGCCCGAAGGAGGACUCUGCAGGUGGUGGUCAGCUCCUUGCUCACUGAAGCUGGCUUUGAGAGCGCUGAAAAGGCUGCGGUGGAAACACUGACAGAGAUGUUACAGAGCUAUAUUUCUGAAAUUGGAAGGAGUGCAAAGUCCUACUGUGAGCAUACAGCCAGAACACAGCCUACACUCUCUGAUAUAGUGGUUACUUUAGUGGAAAUGGGGUUCAAUGUUGAAACGCUUCCCGCAUACGCAAAGCGCUCCCAGAGGAUGGUCAUCACUGCCCCUCCUGUGACAAAUCAGCCUGUGACUCCCAAAGCCCUGACAGCUGGACAGAACAAGCCACAUCCAUCCCACAUCCCUGGCUAUUUUCCUGAGUUUCCAGAUCCUCAUACCUACAUCAAGACACCAACAUACCGAGAGCCAGUGUCUGAUUACCAAGUGCUGCGGGAAAAGGCAGCGUCUCAGCGGCGUGACGUGGAAAGAGCUCUCACCCGCUUCAUGGCUAAGACAGGAGAAACGCAGAGUCUCUUCAAAGAUGACGUUAGCACAUUCCCAUUGAUUGCUGCCAGGCCUUUCACUGUACCCUACUUGACAGCUCUUCUCCCCUCUGAGCUGGAAAUGCAGCAAAUGGAAGAAACAGAUUCAUCUGAGCAAGACGACCAGACAGACACAGAGAACCUGCCCUUGCAUAUGAGCACGGAUGAUUCUGGACCUGAAAAAGAGAAUGCUUCAGUAUUACAGCAGAACACCUCCUUGUCUGGCAGCCGGAAUGGGGAGGAGAAUAUGAUAGACAACCCUUACCUCCGGCCGGUGAAAAAGCCCAAGAUCCGCAGAAAGAAAUGAAGUGUGGUCAGCUGGCUGCUAGAAGAAAGAGGAGCCCAUUUCUCUGGCUGUUAUGAGUACUCACCUCUGCUGCUGUGGGUAGGAGGCAUGGAGCACAGCAGGGGCAGUCCGACCGAAUGGCAGAAGCAGAGGAAUGAUCUGCCUAACAAACUACACUGUCAUCACUGCAGUGCUCCCUCUUUCUCCUCUGCUUUCCUCCUAACUGGGAAUCCUAAGUGGUCAGUUGCCUUAAAAGUGGUGAAAACCACUGAGUUACAGAUGGGAAUUGUCUCAUUUGGUUUCUUCUGACUGCUGGGGAGAUUUACUCUUUAAAGAGGCGUGGGAUGCAAAGAUUCUUGCUGCUCUACAGAACACAAAGACAUAAUUUGUUUUUGGCUGCCUUACAAGCUAGGAAAGAAACUUCUGCAGUGAACCUUGUUUAGCUUUAUAAUCUGUGGAGCAUGUAUUUAGAGAGAGAAAAAUCCCACAGAGGUUUCUUUCUUUUGGUUGUUGGCAGGUAAAAGCAAACAUGUUUAUUGAAGAAUGAAGUGUAAAUGCAAAGCUAAGAUGGCAUUUAUUCUCAGCUUUUCUGACUGCAGCUGCACUUCCAACUUAAAAGUGCUGAGUGUGGUGUUUACCCUACUCUGCUUUGAGAUUAUUUGCUAGCAGUACCAAUGGCAGAUUCAGCAGCUGCCUCAGGCUCUUUUUGAGUUCUGUUGUUAGUUUCAGCACAGCACAAGUCCUUUGAGAGUUCAUGCCUUCACCAGCUGUUUUGAAAGAUGCUUGCUGCAAAGCUUGGAGUAUGGAAUAAAGCUGUAUUGAUUACAGUCUGCAGGGCUGUGCUGUUGAUCACGCUUUUUAAUUUUGUCUUUGUUCAGUAUGGGCUCUUAUCAACAGAAGUUGCUCUUUUUUCUUUUUCUUUCUUUUUUUUUUUUGUUGUUGUUGCUAUUGUUGUUGUUCCCUUUUUUCCUUAGAGAAGGACCUUUAUUUCAGCUCUGAAAAUGACUGCUGAUGGGAUUGCUGUAAUUGUUAUCCAAUUAUGGAGGCCUUUCCUUUACUUUUCGUUUAGUCUUUACUUAGGGAAAAUAUGCACAGAAUUCCUGUAACAAAGUACUCCUAUUGUUUGGUACAGUCUCCCAAGCAUGAUAUUAAUACCUGAAUUCUGUAGUUCAUACUACAUCAGCUUUUCCCAUUCAUGCAGGUAAGUUCUGAAGGGAAAGUUGCUUUUAAGCAGUAGUCAAAACUGCACCUCUUUUAGAUGAGAAUUUGGUGCUGAGAGGCAGAGGCUGCCUGCUUCAGACUGCCAACUUACUGCUCCCAGAGCAGUGCCUGGUGCACAGUCACUGCAGUCAGAGGGAACAGAGUUACAUGUGGUUUGUUCUCUUCUGUUAGUGAAGGUACCCCUCUGUCCCCAUCACCCAGAGAGGAGGAAGAAGAGGAGGAAUUAUUUCAGCAAGAUUGGAAGUAUUCCUGACAAACUAUUUGAAAUCGCAUCUUUAGCAAAAAAAAGUCCUGCAUGUGCCAUUGCCACUUUUGCUGGUGCCUUGGUUGUACAGAAAAUCAAAUGUACAGACAUUAUGUAUAUAUAUAUAUAUGUAUAUAAAAAAAAUAUAUCUUUUUUUUUUUUUUCUACCUUGGAUUAGGUGUUUUUCAUAAUGAAAAUAUCCCUUUCUGAAUAGGGGAAAAUCUGGAAUGAAAAUAGUAUCUUUUAUGUUCAUAAUAAAAGAGAUUUUAUCUUCUA